AAGUUAAAACACCCGGAGCCUGGAUCUAGCUGCAGCGCCUUUGCCAGACCCUCUAGUGCCCGUGGACUCGGAGCCGAUCCCCCCGAACCGAACCCCCUGCCUGUGGACCCGGACCCGAUCCUGUUUGACAGCUGUAGCCCUGAACCCUCCUAGAACCGAAUUGGCUACCCCUGACUACCCCGACCCCCGCCCGAUCCCUCCCCGCCAUGGGAGACCCCUUCCACCUCUCCCUGCUGCGCACUCCGCGCGGCCGAUUCCGCGUCUCACUGCCCCCAGGGGGUGAGUUCCUGCUGGGGACCCCAGAGCCACUGAGUCCGGGCGCAGCUGGCCAAAGCUUCUGCAUCCCUAUCACCGAGAUGGUCGGGGUGCAGCUGGGCGGGUCUGGCUCCUCCCCCACAGUGGAGGGAAACCAGUUCACAGUUUUCUUCGUGCAGCGGGAGAAGCGACAGCGCUGGAGCCUGGGCUCCCUGGAGUUCACUGUGGCCCCUGGCUCGGGGCUGGCCCCACGCUGGAUCGAUGCCCUGCAGCGGAGCAUCCAGCUGCAUGCAGGUGUCACACGCCCCAAGAAGCUUCUCGUCUUCGUGAACCCCAUGGGGGGGCGGUGUCGCGCAGGUGAGAUUUACCGGGACCAGGUGGCCGGGCUCUUUGCCCUGGCAGGGAUCCAGACAGAAGUCAUAGAGACCCAGCGACCCCACGAGGCCAGAGAGCUCAUCCUGCAGCAAGACCUGGGCGACCUGGAUGGGCUGGUUUGCGUCGGGGGUGAUGGGACGUUUAACGAGCUGAUGCAUGCACUCAUCUCCCGGACACAGAGGAAGGCUGGGAUUCCUGAGGACAACCCUACUGCCAUGCUCCUGCCCCCCAGACUCCGCAUCGGCAUCAUCCCUGCAGGCUCCACGGACUGCAUCUGCUUCGCCACGGUUGGGACCAAUGACCCCGUCACCUCUGCCCUGCACAUCAUCAUUGGGGACAGCCAGCCCCUGGACGUGUGCAGCGUCCACCACCAUGAGCGGCUGCUGCGGUACGCGGUCUCGCUGGUGGGCUACGGCUUCUAUGGGGAUGUGGUGAGCGACAGUGAGCGGCACCGCUGGAUGGGCCCGAUGCGCUAUGACUUCUCAGGGUUCAAGGCUGUGCUGUGUAACCGCAGCUACGAGGGCACCGUGGAGUUCCUGAUGGCGCGGGGCACUGAGGCCAAUCCCCGGGACCAGACGCGCUGCAGGGCAGGCUGCCUUGUCUGCUCCGAGUCCAGUCACCAGCUCCUGCGGGGGAGUGAGGAGGAGAAGCUGCCACAGCAGGAAAGCACUGGGGCUGCUGUCAGUGAGUGGCAGCGGGAGCAGGGCCGUUUUCUGGCCAUUAACUUGACCUGCAUGAGCAGCGCCUGCCCCAAGAGCCCCGACGGCCUUUCGCCCAGUGCCCACCUGGCCGACGGCACAGCUGACCUCAUCCUGGUGCGCGAGUGCUCAGCUCUGGGCUUCCUGCGUCACCUGAGUCGACACAUGGACCAUCGGGACCAGUUUGACCUGCCCUUCGUGAGCGUACACCGGGUGCGGGCCCUGCGCUUUACACCCAAGCAGCUGGAGGACAGCGAGGAGGGGGAGCGGCCUGGCUGCAGGGGGUGGAAGGGGCUUCUAGGGGGGCUGUGCUGGGGGGAGCAGCCACUGAGCUCCUGGAGCUGUGAUGGGGAGACCCUGCCCCAUGCCGACAUCAGUGUCAGGGUGCAUGGGCAGCUCAUCCACCUGUUUGCCCGGGGCAUCGAGCAGGGGAUGGGCCUGGUUUAGGGGCUGCCUGGAGCUGUGUCCUGUGAGAGGGCUGUGCCCUCGCCCAUCAGCGGAGACCAAGAGCCCUGCAGGGUGACAGACACUGUGGUCUGUGGGACAGCCGCAUGUCAGAGCCCUCUGUUUGCUCCUUGACCCCCAGAAGGAGUUGUGCCAUACUGGGUUGGCCGUGGGGGUCGAACCAUCCCUGCCUGGCUGGCUCCGAGGUGGGGUGGGGACAGGAGCAGAACUCACAGACCUCUGCAGCAACCUGGGGGCUCAGGCUGCCCCCGCCCUGCAGCCUGACUGGACAGUAGCCACCACUGUGGACGCUGUUUAACCAGGGCCACAUCUACACUAACUUACAUUGGCAUGAAGCCACUGCAGUGAUCAUACUCCGUGUAGUGGCGUGGUUACGUCAGCAGGAGCCAAAGUUCAGUUUUGACACUUUCAGUUAGGUCAAUGUAAGUGGCCUUGGGUUGACCUAACGCUGUAGUGUAGCCCAGACCCCGGGGGGAAGCGGGACCAGAUAUAAUGAAGCUGGGGGAGUGGGCACAAUGGGGGGCAAGUAGAGAACUCUGGGGGGCUUCUGAAAAAGCAGCUCAGUCACAAAUAAAGGGAGAACAGGUCCCGCUUGGCUGUGUUUGAUUUCCACCAGGGGUGGGGAUCAGGGGCAUCCAGUGCCUUUGUGGUGGGGGUGGGCAGCAAGACAUGCCUCGACAGGCUGUGGGGGGGGGUGGGCACUGUGCAUGGAUGGAGACUGGCCUCUGAUUUA